AGUUCCUGGUGAGAUCUUGAGUGGCGUCGCAUCUUUGGUUAUUUUUCUCUCAACAUUUAUUCUUGAGAUCAAGAAUUAUGCAAAUUGAUUCCCACCAGCAGCUACAGUGACACCAGACAUCACUGAACCAACACAACCAGUGUCACUCCACAUCAUAGCUCCUGCAGUCAUCAAUAGGAGAGGAAACCUUGAAGGAAACUACACGUACCCUGAAGAAUCAUCAUCAUGCCCAGGUUGACGAGGUUACUGAGGAAUGUGUCUGAUAUGACAAAACAGUCGUCAAAUCUGCCAGAAGCUUACAUAAAGAGGGCCAUGGAUCAGGUUGAAUGGAAAACUCCAAAUGCUAUACAGUACAGGCAGACAGAGAUUAAAAGGAGAAAGUUUCGGUUUACCACAAAUCGACCUUGGACACAGCAGUUUAGGCAACAAAAUCAGCCUGGAACGCAUCGUAAAAAGGUGUUUUUGGAACCAGUACCAGAAUGGACAUUCUUUAAAGGUGACCGUGUUGAGAUUCUUGUGGGUGAAGACAAAGGUAAACAAGGUUUAGUGAACUACAUUGUCCAGGAGAGAAAUUGGGUAAUGGUGGAUGGCCUUAAUUGUCACUACCGCUAUAUUGGCAAGAAAAAAGGUUUUCCUGGCAUGAUGGUCAAAAGUGAAGCACCUCUUCUAGUGACGACACAGGUUGGUCUUAUUGACCCUUCAGAUGGUAAACCAACCCAGGCUGAGUGGCGCUAUACAGAGGAAGGAGAGAAAGUAAGAGUCUCUUUACGUACAGGAAGAAUUAUUCCUUUGCCUAAAUUAGCUGAGGAGACUCCUGACUACAAGACAAAAUCAACAUAUAAGGUUCAAGAGAAAGACACAAGUGCUGAUCAGCUGACAAGCAUAACCUUUGAACCUCAGCUGAAGACAUUUGCCAUGGAGAUAGCAGAAAAAAUGGGCAUCAAAGAAGAUAGGAUUCCUCGUAAAUCUUUUUGGUAUUAAAUAAUAAGACAUUAUUACAGUAGAUCAUUGGUCAGCCUGUGCCCUCGAAGGAAGAUGUACCAGAUUUUCAACCACACUGGAUAAUUACUGUACAUUAUUUUUUUUAUAGUCCCUGUUGUUGCACAUUCCUCCUUAGCAUUAUCCAUUGAGAUGUCAAAGGAACAAGACUGGUUGAUAAUGCUGAAUAACCAAACCCCAGAUAAUAAUAAUAUCUUUGUUCACUACAAGUACAUGUACAAGGUAUACAGGCCUAGCUGACAACAAUGACAUACUACUAUAUAGAAAGCCGCUUGUUAUGCUCCGCAUGUCAGCCAAAUUAGGUCAGUGUCCCAGGAUGCGACCCCACACCAGUCAACUAACACCCAGGUACCCAUUUUACUGAUGGGGAACAUAGACAACAGGUGGAAAGAAACAUGCCCAAUGUUUCUACUCUGGCUGGGAAUCGAACCCAGACCCUCGCCGUGUGAAGCAAGAGUGUUAGCUACCAGGCCACCAGAGCCCCAGUAUUCUGUUCUACAUAUAUUCGUACAAGUGCUAAACAGAUAUGGGCGAGUCAACAUUGUAGUACUAAAUAUUGUACAUAAACUAUUUGAAUGUGAAUAAAAUUGUAUAAUAAAU